UGCACCUCACUAACCACUCUCCUCCUGUGAGACAGUGGUAAAUGAUAUCAGAUACACAUGGAAAACUGGGCACAGAGGAUCAUUUAUGGAUGUGGACAUUUGGAGCUGAAUUAUAAUAUCUCAACUGUGGAAGAACACUGAGGGGACAUAAAACAAAAAUCACACCUUGAUAUACAUCAAGCUUUUGUGCAGCAGGUUGAAAUGGAUCCUCUUCUGGAACAAGUUUUGGCCGGCAUUAAUGCAUCCCUCGGAGCUACGAAUAGAACAGACCCCCUGGAUACAUUUUCGGGAACCCAGCUGCUUUUACGCUUCAAACCUCUGUUUAUUCCACUCUACACCUUGGUCGUUGUUGUUGCUGGUGUCGGGAACAGUUUCCUUCUUGCCUGCAUUCUGGCGGACAAAAAGCUCCACAAUGCCACCAAUUUCUUCAUCGGCAACCUGGCAGCUGGGGAUUUGCUGAUGUGCCUUAGCUGUGUGCCGUUGACAGCAUCGUAUGCUUUUGAUGCACAUGGCUGGGCAUUCGGCCGUCCAAUGUGUCACCUUAUUCCUCUGUUGCAAGGUGCAACGGUCUUCGCCUCUGUAUUAUCCCUCACUGCCAUCGCCAUGGACCGUUACGUGGUGGUGGCAUAUCCAGUGCGGAGGCGUAUCUCAGUGUGGGGCUGUGGCGCAGUGGCAUUGGGUGUCUGGGCAGUUUCAUUGGCCCUGGCUGCUCCUCCUUCCCUUCAUACACGCUAUGUGGACCUGCGACCCAGUGGCAUGGAGCUGGUAGUAUGCGAGGAAUUCUGGCUGGAAGCCGAACGCCAGCGCUUGCUCUACUCCUGCUUCUUCUUGCUGGCAUCCUACAUGAUCCCCCUGCUGUCUGUAAGCGUCUCCUACUGUGCCAUCAGCAUGCACCUCCGAAAACACACGAUGCCUGGAGAAUCGUCCCAUAGCCAGCAGCGAUGGAGCAAGCAGCGGCACAAGACUUUCUCCCUUCUGGUGGCCUCCGUCCUUGCCUUUGCCCUCUGUUGGCUCCCGCUGCAAGUCCUCAAUCUCCUUCUGGAUCUAGACUCGGACUUCCAGAUAUUGGACAAGCGCUACGUCAACGUGCUGCAGGUCAGUUGCCACCUGAUAGCCAUGAGCUCAGCCUGCUACAACCCCUUCAUCUAUGCCUCGCUGCACAGCAAGGUCCGCAUGCACCUGCAGGGUUACCUGUGCCCUUGCAAACGUAGUGGACAGGAGCUACUAUCUCGCUGUGCUUCCCGCAACCCUGCCACCUGCUUGACACUCAUUUCUGAGGAAGCUGUGAAGGAGAGCCAAUCAGCCGAGAGCCCCAUCCCCGACAGCUGCCUCUGAAGAUCCGUGGCACAUCGACACAGACUAAUCAGAAGGAGCACUAAGACAUUAAGAGGCUUUCGCAGCACUGGAGUGGUAUUCCAGCCAAUAUUCAAUGGUCUUAUAUGAGAAUGAAGGGUUUUUUUGUUGGUAGGCUUUUCUUUCAUGAGGACUAAAGAGAAUACUCAGGCUCUCAGCUUUGUUUUGAUGUUUCUGUGGACAUUAGUGAUUCAGCCUCAAGAUUCCCUCAUGUAUCCCUUGGACCUUGAAUGAAAACCCCUGAUACUAAACACAAAUUUACAGAGCGGCUUUUACUGAAGGCAUAGAAGAAUGUUUUUGGUAAUACCCUGUCCUUGAACUUACUAUGGCUAAGGGGAGUACCAGCAAACCACAGCUAGAUGUUGACAGCUCUUUGUCAAUUCCUUCUUUCUCUCUCUCCAGCUAUUAGGAAGUAGCAAGGGAAAUAUCAGGGGGUUUGGCUGAGUUACCUCUUUCCCAUCACCUCUGUCCCUGCUGUAUCUUCAUUUAGAGGAUAAGCGGUUAACGCUGUUGCUUUAGCUCUCACCCAUACCAGAAAACAAAUGAUGCAGAAUGUCUUAUAAACCCUAUCAGUCUCUCAAUCCUCUAAGGAUCACUGCUUAUCUGAUAUAGGUCACUGCUCUGAAACUUGCCCUCAGAGCCCCUCUCUCUCUCUCAAGUCCAGACACUCUCAAGAGGGCUCCGGCAAUCUGAGUUCAAUCAAAUGACUGCCUUUUGCCUCUGGUAAUGGACUGUGUGCUCUGCUUUAAGACACAUACGAGGUAGCUCACACUGGAACACUGCUACAUUUCUGAAGAUAGGCAUAGUUCCAGAAAAUGUUCAAGAGACUGAGCCUGACCUUUUAUAAGUGGCAAAAGCUAAAGUAAUGAUAAUUUCACAGGAGCAAGUGCCAGUUGUUUUGCUAUUAUGUGGUUUCGCCGUUUCCAUUGGAGAGCUGUAAGAAUUGAGGUCUCAUUUUGAAAGCUCUCUGGAGGUGUGAGAUAGGCUUAAUUAGAUGUUCUACAAUGCAUUCACACCACACUACAUCACUCAUUAAGUCAACCAUUUCUCAGAUGAAUUAACAAGAGUAUAUAACCCAAAACAUUUAAGGAAAUUAAUGGUAGAUUGUCAGUGUUCGUGUGACGGAAACAAAGCCAUACUAUUAAUGGUUUUCUUUUUCUUUAACUUAAGAUGUGCAUUUUUUUGACGUCUUUACAAUAGUUGCUUGUCAGAUUGUAUGAUGUGACCCCAGUGAGAUGCUGAGUAAAAUCCAAAGUAGACUAUGCAACGUCAAAUAUCUUCACU